ACUCUGCACACGAGGACUCGUGAUUCGUCUCAGACAAGGAUACAGAGAUAAGAGAAACACAACUAGAGGAGAGAGAGAGAGAGAGAGAGAGAGAAAGAGAGAGAGAGAGAGGUUGAACCAGAAAUGAGUGAAGUGAGGAAAUACAGAGGGAAACACAGAGAGCGCGUUUGUGAGUUAAGAAGAAAACUCCAUUAGUCAUGUUAUAGAUCGGACAGCUGUGUUGUUAUGAGACGACUGGAGACGUUAUGGAGAACGAACACACACAGACUCCAGCUGGUGUUGUGUUGCUAAAUGGAGUCUGAGCAGUUGUUCAACAGAGGCUACGGCAGGAACAGCUACAACAGCAUCACCAGCGCCAGCAGCGACGAAGAGCUCCUCGAUGGUGCCGGCGUCAUCAUGGACUUCCACACCACCGAGGACGACAACCUGCUCGACGGGGACGCGUCUCCAGGGUCGAACUACGCCAUGUCUAAUGGAGGCGGCGGAGGCGGGGCCAGUAGCUCCACCCACCUGUUAGACCUGCUGGAGGAGCCAAUCCCAGGUGUGGGAACCUACGAUGACUUCCACACCAUUGACUGGGUCAGAGAAAAGUGCAAAGACAGAGAACGACACCGCAAGAUAAACAGUAAAAAGAAGGAAUCAGCAUGGGAAUUCACCAAGAGUCUAUACGACGCGUGGUCCGGGUGGCUGGUGGUCACGCUAACAGGACUAGCAUCGGGAGCGCUAGCCGGAGUGAUCGACAUCGCGGCCGACUGGAUGAAUGACCUGAAGGAGGGCGUGUGUCUCAGUGCCAUGUGGUUUAAUCAUGAGCAGUGUUGCUGGGACUCCAACGAGACCACCUUCGCCGAGAGAGACAAGUGUCCUCAGUGGAAGACGUGGGCCGAACUCAUUCUGGGUCAGGCUGAGGGUCCAGGCUCGUAUAUAAUGAACUACUUCAUGUUCACGUUUUGGGCGCUGUCCUUCGCCUUCCUGGCUGUGUCUCUGGUGAAGGUGUUUGCGCCGUACGCCUGCGGCUCUGGAAUACCUGAGAUCAAAACCAUCCUGAGUGGUUUUAUCAUCCGCGGGUAUCUGGGCAAGUGGACUCUGAUGAUAAAGACCAUCACUCUGGUUCUGGCCGUGGCGUCGGGCCUCAGUCUCGGGAAGGAAGGUCCGCUGGUCCACGUUGCCUGCUGCUGCGGCAACAUUUUUUCCUACCUCUUCCCCAAAUACAGCAAAAACGAGGCCAAGAAACGAGAGGUUUUGUCGGCGGCGUCGGCCGCUGGUGUGUCUGUGGCUUUUGGGGCUCCUAUAGGAGGAGUUCUGUUCAGUCUGGAGGAGGUGAGUUAUUAUUUCCCUCUGAAGACUCUGUGGCGCUCGUUUUUCGCGGCUCUGGUGGCGGCGUUCGUGCUGCGCUCCAUCAACCCGUUCGGGAACAGUCGUCUGGUGCUAUUUUACGUGGAGUACCACACGCCCUGGUACCUGUUCGAGCUCUUCCCCUUCAUCCUGCUGGGUGUGUUCGGUGGCCUGUGGGGAGCCUUUUUCAUCCGGGCCAACAUCGCCUGGUGCCGUCGCCGCAAAUCCACACGCUUCGGUAAGUAUCCAGUGUUGGAGGUGAUCACGGUCGCUGCCAUCACGGCCAUCGUUGCGUUCCCGAACCCUUACACACGGCAGAACACCAGCGAGCUGAUCAAAGAGCUGUUCACGGACUGCGGCCCGCUGGAGUCAUCUCAGCUCUGUCAGUACCGCAGCCAGAUGAACGGCAGUCAGGCGUAUCCGGAGGGAUCGGACGCCGCCGCAACCCCGGGCGUCUAUUCGGCCAUGUGGCAGCUCAGCCUGGCGCUCGUCUUCAAAAUCAUCAUGACCAUCUUCACCUUUGGACUCAAGGUGCCGUCAGGUCUGUUCAUCCCCAGUAUGGCCAUCGGGGCGAUCGCGGGGCGAAUCGUGGGCAUCGCUGUGGAGCAGCUGGCGUAUUAUCACCACGACUGGUUCCUGUUCAGAGAGUGGUGUGAGGUUGGCGCCGACUGCAUCACGCCGGGACUGUACGCCAUGGUGGGCGCCGCCGCCUGUCUGGGCGGCGUGACGCGUAUGACGGUGUCUCUGGUGGUCAUCGUGUUUGAGCUGACGGGCGGGCUGGAGUACAUCGUUCCUCUCAUGGCGGCCGUCAUGACCAGCAAAUGGGUCGGUGAUGCUUUCGGAAGGGAGGGAAUUUACGAAGCCCACAUCCGUCUGAACGGAUACCCCUUCCUGGACGCGAAGGAAGAGUUCACGCACACCACGCUGGCACGGGAAGUGAUGCGUCCGCGCCGUAACGACACGCCGUUGGCCGUGCUGACGCAGGACGACAUGACGCUUGCCGAACUGCAGAACAUCAUCUCUGAAACGAGUUACAACGGAUUCCCCGUCAUCGUCUCCAAAGAGUCGCAGAGACUGGUGGGAUUCGCACUGCGCAGGGAUAUAACCAUCGCUAUCGAAAACGCCCGGCGCAAACAGGAGGGAAUAAUGCUGAACUCCCGGGUCUAUUUUACCCAGCAUGCCCCGACCCUCCCGGCCGACAGCCCGCGGCCGCUGAAGCUGCGCAGCAUCCUGGACAUGAGCCCCUUCACUGUCACCGACCACACGCCCAUGGAGAUCGUGGUGGACAUUUUCCGCAAACUCGGCCUGCGCCAGUGUCUCGUCACGCACAACGGGAUUGUAUUGGGCAUCAUCACAAAGAAGAAUAUUUUAGAACAUCUGGAAGAGCUCAAGCAGCACGUGGAGCCCUUGGCGCCUCCUUGGUAUUAUCACAAAAAAAGAUAUCCUCCGUCAUAUGGCCCAGAUGGCAAACCAAGACCCCGAGUCAAUAAUGUUCAACUAGCGUCCUCCUCUUCCCGCUACGAGGAAGAUGAGAGCGAAGAGGAGGUCCGAUUACUGGACAAUUCAUCCCUCUGACCACACGCCCCUACGGUACCCUAAACCGCCCAAGUACAACACAAAAAAAACACUACGCCAGAUGGGAACCCACCCUGGUCGCAUCCUCUGGAUACUUGCACAAGACUCCAAAACGAGUCUUUCGAGGAAGAGCCUGGCUGCUUGAAAAACUUAAGAGUUUUGGGAGAAGCUCGAAUUUCGGGAGAGCCUCAAGUGGAGGAAUUUCUCCAAAUGCUAACAUGCUAAACUAACUCACACGCGCAUGCAAAAACACCUAAGACACCUUGCGGGUCCUGCUUAUUUGACCUUAGCCUCCUGCCUGAGAAAAUGCAUCCUGAAGAGGUGAAAGGUCAAGAUGAACCGCUCCAAACGCGAGGAGGGACCUUCACCACCGACCGCCGUGACCCCUCACUGCCCCACCACAAUCUAAAACGGACUCUAUAACAUUGUUUACUUGUAGUGUGUGUGAGAGAUAUAAGAUGGUGAACGAGAUCGUGUUUAAACGCACCCCAACAUUCCAAUCGGGAUCUGAUGCUGUAAAGCUAAAGAAUCGUUCAGUGUCCCAUACGUAAUGGAUACGUUGCCCGUGCAAGUGGUUUUUGCGAGCGAUCUGCAGGGAUCAAGUAUUCAGCAUUGCGAAAUGAUCAAACAAACAAGUGUGGGUUUUGUGCUACCUAGCGAAAGGAUGUUGGGAGGAGAACAGGGUGAAAAUCGUCUUCAUUAAUCGUCUUCAACCUCAACACUACGACGGCCAGUCUAAACCGCAGUGGGAUUGUAGGUAUCGAGCCAAACGAGUCUGUCCGACAGGUAUUUGAGUGCCCACAUUUUAUGAAGUUUGUGCUUUUCUUUUGGGAAUGAAAAACCAAGACGCUUUUCUUUUUCAGCUGCUAUCUAUUAUAUUUAAAUGUACUAAGCAACUCCUAAUAGUUUGAAAAUAAAUGUGACUUGACCAACUUUUUUUUUUAACUUUGCAAACGCAUAAAUGUUCAAGCUGGUGAAUGUUGGCUCCAGUGCAGUUUAAAAUUGCCAUUCUUUGUAUGCUCACAUUUCAUCUCAUGUGAUAUAUAACAGUGCUGUUCACCUUCAUCUGACUAAUCAAAUGUUUGAUGGUCCUGAAAUUAUACAUUUAACAUCUCAAAUAGUUUUUUCGCAUCUGACAACUAUAUAACAGGCUAAAGGAUAAAUCCCACGAAAAAUGCGUCUCGUAUUUCAUCCCCAGCCUAUUUGAGAGUUUAUAUAUCUAUAUAUAUAUAUAUAUAUAUAUAUAUAUAUAUAUAUAUAUAUAUAUAUAGAUAUAGAUAUAUAUAGAUAUAGAUAUAGAUAUAGAUAUAGAUGCCAAACGAUUCGGCCACGACCUCACUGAAAAAGCGAUGAAAUGUGACUGUUAGAGAUGGUGAGAAUGGAAGCUCUAGUUCAUUUGUGAUUGCUGCUGUUGGCCCCUUCAUAUUUUUUUUUUUUCCUGAGAAAUACAUGGAACAGUUUUGCACAAAUUUGACACUUGUGGUAACCAUUGCUGUGUCCCGUUCUGUAUGUUAAACUGCAUAUUCUAAUCUGCCAGCUGCACUACGUCUCUUACAUUUAAUUUUGAAUUACAUAUUCGCAUGUCAUUUCUUUUCCGAAACAAGGCCGAAGUGUUGUCUUUUAUCUGAUUGGUGAAAUUCUGUCCUUUCGCUUUUUUUCCAUUGGUGACCCGGCAUUAGAACCUCCCCCCCGCUGAUUGAUUGACACUACAUGAGCCGGUGUGGGCGGGGCCUGUGUGUUCUCAUUAGCAGUCGAUGUUCCUCUGUUAAUCAAUGAAGAAAACAAAAUGUUGUUAUAUAUUGAUCACAUUUUUUUUUUUUAUUUAUACUAGUGCUAGAGUUGUACAAUAUGGAGAAUUUUAUGUAUGAUUGAUGGUUUGAUUGUACAUUAAAAAACAAAUAUGUAAAGAUUAAAUUGUUUUAAAUGAAGUGUA